AUUUGCCGCUUCCAAGCUCGACUUUGCUCGUUUAAUCAACGUGCGCGCCGAUCAGUCCACCAUGAGCCGUCGACCGGCUCGCGUUCCUUGAUUCUUCUUUUUUUUUAUUCAUCACAUACAACUCCCCGUUUCGCGGAUUGGCAUGUGCGUGUAAAAUUCGUUUCCCUCGGAUUUACGUAUUUAUUCAACGAUUAUUUGACUCUGGGAUUCUGUUUGUCUCUGUCUGUAGAACAUAAAGUCGAUACGGAUCAUUGGCGGAAAAAUCAAUUUCGUUUGCGAUUUCACUUUUCAUUGACCAACAACGCGAACGACCCGAGAGGUUUACGAGCAAGAUUACGUUGUGUUCUUUGUGUCGAACAGUGAAAAUUGAAGACCCGACAAUAUGAGGAACUCAACGUUACUGAAAUGGGCGCAAAAUUCGGCAAACAGCAAAAGUCAAAAUAAUAAGAACGAUCGAUCUAUUCUGUUCGCAGGGACGAACAGGAACUGGAUACACCCACCGGAUGCGCUUCAGAAAGGCCACAUCGCCUAUUUAGUCAAGUACUUGGGUAGCACAGAAGUGGAUCAGCCGAAAGGGAUCGAGGUCGUGAAGGAAGCUAUUUGUAAACUGAAAUUCAAUCAACAAUUGAGGAAGAGCGAGGGUACAAAGACGCCAAAGGUGGAACUGACCAUAAGCAUCGAUGGAGUCGCGAUUCAAGAACCCAAGACGAAAACGUCGCCAAAGCGGAUUAUGCAUCAGUAUCCACUGCAUAGAAUAUCUUACUGUGCCGAUGACAAGGGCGAAAAGAAGUUCUUCAGUUUUAUUGCGAAGGAGGAAGGCGCCGAAAGACACACGUGUUUCGUCUUCGUCAGCGAUAAGCUAGCCGAAGAAAUAACGUUAACCAUCGGGCAAGCUUUCGAUUUAGCAUACAGGCGGUUCUUGGAGACGUCCGGGAAAGAUUUGGAGGCGCAGAGACGCUGUAUGGUGUUGCAACAGAAGAUAAAACGACUGGAGCACGAGAACAACGUGUACCGGCAGCGGUUACAGGACAUAGCUGCUAUCAAAGGAUCGGCCGACGUUUCAGCGUAUCUGUCGCAACACAAUCUUCCGGACAUCCUGCACGUGCCUGGUGCCACGAAUGAAACGGCUCAAGUAAACGGAUCCACUGGCAAAUCUGCCGGUGGUAUAAGUAACGAUAGCAAUGGGAACACAUCCAAUGGAUCGCCACAACCACCGCCAGUUCCACCGAGAAGCUUUGAGAAAAGUUUCGACGAUAACUUUAUGGGAAGCGCUUCAACGCCUGCGGUUGGUACCAAAUUGGAAGGACUGCUGAUGGACGAAUUCGAAGAAGACUUCAAUCCCAGAGCAUACGAAAGUGCCGUUAACGGUCUAACGAAUCAUCAGACUAAUCAUAACUCCAUUCUGAAUGGUCAGGUGUCCUCGAACUUCUCGCAGAGCAACGGUUCUACGAGCCCUCCGCCAUUACUGGCACCACCGCCAAAGGCAAAGGAUUCAAGACGUCAAAACGGUGUCAAAGAAGACUUGUUCGGUAGUAUCCCUUUCAAUCCUGCACCGCCUGUGAACACGAAGAAUGAAUUCAACGAUCCGUUCGAAAUGGGCGAGUUCGGAGCUGCGACAACGAUUUCUAAUCCGAGCCAGCAAGAACUAGAGAAUGCAAUCGGUCUUUUAGAUAAGAAGCUGCUCGAGAUGAAGGAUGGAUUUAGCAGAGGUCUUUCCAUAGAUACCGACGAUUUCUCGUUGGAAAGCUUGGAUCCGCUGCGGAACUGAACGGAAUGUUUUCUUCAUAUGAAAAAGGCAAUUGUUCGUAACCAUGUGUUCGUUGCAGAGAACGUCUAGAAAACGGAUAGGCAAAUUAGGAACGUACAUCUAUGCGAAACCAAAUUAGUCAAUUAUUAUUAAUUAUGCUAAUCUUAUAUUUAUCGUGAUGUUUGAUAUUUAUCAUAUGCCUAUUGAAUAUCGAUCGUAGCUUAAGUCGUCCGAAGCAGAGAUUGCCAAUUAGGAGCAAGCAUGGAGAAGCGAGUGGUAUUGGUGACCGUGUCGUGCCUUUAUUAAUACUGUUUCUUUCUAUCAUCUAUUUUAACAGCGAAUAGAACGAUACAAGAAAUUUUAUUAGGAUUUCCUAUGGCAAAUUUUUUAAAUGAUACAUUCUUCUUAGGAACCGAGUACCGUGCCUUUCAUUAGCAUUAAUAAGCAAAGUCGAAAAUUAAUCUUUUUAGAUAUUUUAAAGUUAUUAUUUGUAACUUAUGAAUGCAGUAACCCGUUCUUGAUAUAUCUCCUUAUUCCCUUUCCCAGGAGCGUGAAACUUGGAAUCGUGCGAUCGAUGAGUAACAAAAGAUAAUUAUGGGAUGCCUUCAUUAUUAUUGCAGAAAUCACUGAAUCUCUUUCCUGUAUCUUUGUUUCCCUCCAUCCGUUUUCCAUGGUAUUCAUUAAAGAUCGUAUGGAUUAUCGAGGAAAGGAAGGAAAGUGUAAAAUGGUAUGAAUGCUGUGUAAGAUUUUAGUCGCCAGUUUUACAAACACUUAUGCAUGCGAAUGUUAUGCAAAUCUUGAGAAACAUACAAGUUAAUGUUUGAUAGGAGAAAGUUUAUUAAUUAUGUACAUACGAAAUGCUGUUUUAUUAUUGUUGCUCUAUUGUUUAAGCAUUAUCGUUAACAAUAUAAUGCGUAAAUAAUGUAGCUGAAAAAUCUUGUCUUAUUCAAUCCGUAUUAAAUGUUCAAACGUAAA